AUAAAAUAUCAACCUAAACUAACAUAUCAUGUCAUACAUUAUUAUACUAAACCAAACAAAAUUUACAUGUCAUGUCUUACAUUAUUAUAAAAAUGCCAAACCAAAUUAAACUUAACUAACAUAUCAACCAUUAUUAUUUAUUAUAAUAAACCAAAUCAAACCAAACUAACAUUUAUCUAAGUCACUAACAUGCCAAGUAUAAACUAAAAUAACAAUUUUAGAAAUUAGAAUGUCACGAACCUAUAGAUCUGCACUUUUUAUUGAGAUUCAAAGCAAGGCAAAGAUACAAAUCCUGCAAAUAUUAACAAUUAAACAUUAAUUAAGGUGUAAAAUGUCAAUAUUUAUUUUAAAAAAAUGAAAAAAUAAGUCAAAUUAUGUUCAGAGUUCUUACCAGCGGGAGGAUGAAGGUGGUGGUGGUUCUGGUAGGAGGCGGAACGGUGGAGCCACCUGAAACAAAAGGGGUGUUAGGGUUAAAUAAAAAAAAUAAAAAUUAAAAUAUAAAAAAAAAAUAAUAAUAAUAAAAAUACCUCACCGGCGCUGCAGCCGAAAAUCUUGGAAUGCCGCCGGCCGGGUAGGUGUGACGGCGGCUGCUACAAGCCGGUGGUGGCUGUUCACAAGCCCCGGUGGUUAGUGCGAAUUUAAAAAAAAAAAAAAAAAAAAAACCUAACACCGGAGGUUACCGUCGGGGAGAACGGCGGCAGCGGGAUCCGGUGGUCAGGCGGAGGCGCGCUCAGGCUGAGGCGACGGCGGUGGUCAGGCGGAGGCGCGUCUUCUUCUCUUUCUCUUUCUUUCUCUCUCUUUCUCCCUUUCUUUCUUUCUCUUUCUCCCUUUCUUUCUUUCUUUCUUUCUUUCUUUCUCUCUCUUCCCCCGUGUUUUUUCCCUGGUUCUUUCUGGUUUGAAACCUAAUUUCUAGUUCAAGUAUUUGCGACGGAAUUUAUUUCGUCGGUAAUUAUUUUCCGACGGAAAAUUUCGUCGCAAUAAAUUUUGCUCGGAAUUUUCGGUCGCAAAAUUAAUUUUCCGACAGAAAUAAAUUCCGUCGUAAAUUUUGCGAGGGAAUUUCCGUUGCAAUUCACAUUUUCCGACGCAUUUUAGCAACACACUUUAUUCCGUCGCUGAAAUUAAAGUUUGCGACGGAAAAAUAGGUCCAUCGUAAAAAAUCCGUCGGUAUAAAGCCAUUUUCUAGUAGUGCACAUAUAUAUAUCCAACUAAAUUCAUUCAUCUUCUUUCACGGUUGUACCCUCUCUCUUUUUUUCUUUUAAAUUUGGAAAUGAAACAAUCUGACUAAAUAUGAAAAUAAUUAACCCAAGUAACAACCCGUACAUUAAACGGGCCAAAAAACUAGUUAAAUAAUUAAUAAGACAUCUUAAAAAUGGGACCUUGUAAUACCGACUUCACCAUACCCCACCUUAACCCCCAUUUCCCUCUUCUAUUCUCUCACUCAAUCUCCCUCAUUUAAAUCCUCCGCUCUAAAUUCUUAUCACUACCAACACUUCAACUAUCAAUCAAACCUCCUCUCCGUACUACUCAACACUUGUUAAACAAACACCCAAAAAAAAAAAAAAAAAUGACGCCGAAAUUUAGAAAAUUACUCCCAAUAGAAGAAGACCAUAACCCAUCUGUUUUAUCAUUCUCACACUAUUCUCCGACGCAUUCGCCGUCGAAAAAUUACCAAAGAGAAGAUAAUCCCACUACUACGAGUAAUUAUUACAACAAUCUUAAGCUCAAUCCUCCCUUUGAUUCUGCAAUGGCGUUAACUGUUUUAGUCCUUUUAACAGCUUUGUUUUUUAUGGGGUUUUUUUCGAUUUACAUUCGUCGUUUUAGUGACGAAUCCUCGGUCGACCCGACCCGACGACGUCGGAGCUCCGGUACUUCUCAGGGUGAUAAUAGUCUUCCUACGACGAUGUCGUAUUUGUCGAGGUCGAGGGAUUCGACGAGAGGUGUGGAUGCAAAGGUGGUGAAUUCAUUGCCGGUGCACGCUUAUUUUCCUGGGGAGGCGAAGCAAGGGAUGAUUGAUGACGUGGAAUGUGCAAUUUGUUUGAGUGAGUUUGAGGAGAAGGAAUUAAUGAAGGAGAUACCUUAUUGUGGUCACGUGUUUCAUGUUGAAUGUAUUGACACGUGGCUUGAGAGUCACGUGACGUGUCCGCUUUGUCGGACGGCGAAGCUGUUGGUGGAGGAAGAGGAGGAAAAAAUAAAAAUCGGAGUGGCGUCGGCAGCUGUGGCGGUGGCGGUAGAGGUGGUGGAGGGUGGAGAUGGUGGGGGGGAGAGUGGUAGUAGUAGUGGUGAGAGUGAAGUGAGAUUGGUGGUGGAAGGUGGUGACACGUGGAACGAGUAGAGGAGGGAAGUGGGGUCUACAACAGGUGAUGAGAGGAGAAGUACUAGUUGUGGGUGGUUUGGUGAGAGAGUUAGAUUGCAUCGGUCAUUGAGUUUUUGAUGGCUAUCAAAAAUAGAAAAUGAUGAGAGUGUGUUGAUUGCAUUAAAAUUAUUUGUCUUUUUCUUUUUUAUUGAAAGACAUGUGAAUUUGUACACAGGUAGUGCCGUAGUGGUAAUGAACUUAAUGAAUGUUGUACACUAUUGUCUAAGACGGUUUUGAUAUAUUUAGACGUAGUUUGGUUUAAAAAAAAUGCUUGUAUAAAUGAGCUUAAUUAGUUCUUUGUAUUUCAUUUAUGCUUUAUUAUUAGCUUAA